CUCAAAAAUAUUGUCUGUAGAUGUAAAUUGAAGUACCGGUUGUGUAUCAAUUUGAAUGUUUUCGUAAAGGGAAGAAUGGAAAUAAGAAAUACUUGGGAUUAUUAAGACCAGAUAGGUUGGAUUUAUGUAAGGUAUGGUUUGUUGAAGACAUUGAUAUUUUAGGAUAAUCAUCCAAAUUUCAAGUAUUCUUUGCCAAUUUAACUCUAAACCCACAUAAAGUGGGAAGUGGAGGAGGACAAUUUAGAAGGGAAGAAACAUUACAAAAUAGUCUCAUUCAAAUUUCAAUAAGUGCUCAAAUUUAUUCUAACAUUCAUUAGGUUAAAAAAAUAAAUGAAAACCAAGUUGCCAAAGUAACAACAUUUUGCAGCGAUGAGAAAACUCUAGCCGUUUUAAAAGAGCACUUGAGAAAUAAGAUCAUCUUCUAAAGAAUUCAAGAUUUUUAUACUCCCCUCCAAACUUUAGGGAAGGGAGCAUCCUCCCGAGUCUUAUUGGUGAGACACAAGAAUACAGAAAAUUAUUAUGCAGCAAAGUGCGUUGACAAAUCCUACAUAAACGAAACAGAAAAUGGACUUGUAUUAGUUUAAACAUAAAAUAGGAAUCAAUGUUCUAAGAGAUAGCCAUUAACAAUGAUCUAGAUCAUCCUUCCUUUAUAAAAUUGCAUGCAGUUUAUGAAGGAGAUAACACAUUCUAUAUGGUUAUGGAUUUAUUGGAAGGUAAAAGCUUGCAUGAAGAAUUAAACAAUCAUAAAAAUGGAUUCCCAGAAGAUACAGUAAGGAACAUUAUGUGGGUAAUAAAUCCAAUAUGUCGUAUAGUAAAUCCUGACUGGAAUAGAAUACAUGCAUGAAAAAUAAAUUAUGCAUAGAGAUUUGAAACCAGAAAACAUUAUGUUAUUGAGAAAAGAUGACUUGAAUUCUCUUAAAAUUGUUGAUUUUGGCUUAGCUACAUACUGCAAUGCAAAUAAGUAGAAAAACUAAUUACUUGAUUAGAUAUUUUUUUCCGAAAUGUGGCACUCCAGGAUACGUCGCACCAGAGAUAGCCAAUCUUGUUGAUAAAACUUUAAAAUAUGAUAAAGUUUGUGAUGUAUUUAGUGCUGGAGUGAUAUUUUUUAAAUUGUAAGUUUAAUCUUUAUUUCAGAAUAACUGGAAAGGACCUCUUCCCAGGAGUGGGAUUCAAUUUAGUAUUGAAAUUAAAUAAGUAAUGUAAAAUUGAUUUAACUCCCUUGCAAAUGAAAAAAAUUGACCCAUAACUCACAGUAUUUAUAAAUAAAAUUUUAGAAUUUAAUCCAGAAAAUGCUUGAAAAGGAGCCAACUCAAAGAAUAACUGCCUCUCAAUGUUUAUAGGAUCCAUUCUUUAUUCCUUGUUAUCAAGAGAGUGGAAUCCAAGGACCAGCUAAAUUAACAACCUUUCAAAAGAAGUAAAUGUUUUCAACUUGCGGAAAAGCCUUCACUACUGAGUUUUAAAACGAAAAUCAAAAGGGAAGUCCCUAAGAUAGAAUUGAAAAUAAAGGAUCCUUUGUUACAUAAGAUAAUACUUAUAGACCAAUUUAAUAAAACUAAUAGAAAAUUAUCUAAAAAUUUAAUACUACUGAAUUUGAUCACAUUGACCCCACUUAAAGUCCAUCUAUGGAUAAUGUAAAAAAACGAUUUUAAAAAGGGGAUCCUAUAGAAGAAGAAGAUGAAAAAUGA